UACUUACCAACUCUCCAACUCCCAUGGUUCUUCACUGAUCAGUUUAAGCCCAGACAGCACGCGAGCAAGGUGUCGACAACAGCGGUCUUGAAGAAAUGGCGGAAACUUAUUAUGAUGUGAAUGAAUUCCUGUUGCAUGCUGCUAGGGAAGGCUCACUUGAGGGCGUUGAAAUGUCUUUGAAAGCAGGUGCAGACAUCGACUACGACCGUGUAAACAGUGAGGUCUUCAGCUCUGGCACAGCUCUGUUCCUGGCUUCCAACAGGGGACAUGUAGAUGUAGUGAGACUCCUGCUCCGCAAGGGGGCGUCUAUGGUGAAGAGAUCCAAGAGUACAUUUGCUCCUCUUCACACAGCAGCGCACAGUGGGAACACAGAAGUGGUGGACUUGCUGGUGCAGCAUGGUGCAACAUUAGAAAUAAAGGACGGCUUCCAGUACACUCCACUCAUGACUGCUUGCAUCAACAACCACGUCGACACGGUUAAACGACUGAUUCAGCUUGGGGCAAGGCCUGAUUUGCCAGACAGCUAUAUAGACGAGAUGUAGGUAUCACCUCCUUCUAUUAGACUAUAGAAUCAAUGGACGAUUGCUACUUCCAUGUAGCGCUUGACCGGAAGUUGACAAAGUUUGUUUCUGUUUGUUCCUUUAGCGUGAG